GACAGCUUCUUCAAUCCUCUUCUCUUGUUCGCUACCCUGUUUCCCGUUUCUGUCGAUCCCCCCUGAUUCGGACGCGAGAGAACUCUCCGUCAUAAUUCGCCGGCGACUCUUCCCGAAACCCUAGUCGUCUUACAGGUAUGCUUCUGGGUCAUUCAAUUUUGCGCUUUCUGAAUCGCUUUCUGUUUGCUUGGUCAGCGAAAAAGGAGCCUCUGAUUUUCACCGUCUCGGAAAGUUUUCGUUGAUGCUAGCGAACCAGAAAUCGAGCGUCUUUAUGAAUAUUUCUUCAUUAGGGCAACCAGAUAUGGCAUGUGAAUUAGAGAUUUUGAAACUUCUGGUUUCGUUCUAUAGCUUCCAUUAUCGAGAAGCUCAAUUUUUUGAAUUAGGGUUCUCCUGUUCAUUGUGUGGAAAGUUGUACCGGUAGCGAUACCACUGGAAUUCACUGUUGUGGGUUUUAGCGUGUCCUUUAUUUUGUUGCUGGUGCUGUGCUUUUUGGAUUAUUCCCUUCAUGCUGUGGAAAUUGAUUUCUGAAUCUUGUUUUUGGUGUCUGUCGAGUAUAGUCAGGGAGCGAUGACUACUGCAGCUCGACCAACAUGGGCUCCUGCCAAAGGUGGUAAUGAACAAGGUGGUACGCGAAUUUUUGGUGCGUCUCAGAAGUACUCAUCAAGGGACCUUGCUGCUCAUACCAAUCUCAAGCCGAGGAGGGAAGGUCAAGACACUCAGGUUGAACUGCAGAAAAGGAACCUCCGUGCGGAGCUUGAAGAACGUGAAAGGAAACAUUUCUCAUCAAAGGACAAGUCAUACAGUGAUGACAGAGACCGUAGAAGAGGAAGUCAGCUCCUUUUGGAAGGUUCAAAAAGAGAUGUAGACGACCGCAUUAUUCCUCGUAGAGAAGAUGCUGAUGAUUCGGAUGUCGAAGCAAACAACAAGAGUGAUGAUAGUGAUGACGACGAUGAUGAAGAGGAUACCCAAGCUCUGAUGGCUGAGCUUGAGAGGAUAAAGAGAGAAAGAGCAGAAGAAAAGUUCCGACAGGAGCAAGCACUUGCAGCUGAAGAGCUGAAAGCCAAAGAGGAACAGCUUCUCCGUGGAAACCCGUUGCUUAACAGUAAUAACCCAACAUCCUUUACUGUGAAAAGGAGGUGGGAUGACGACGUCGUUUUCAAGAACCAGACCAGAGGUGAAACCAAGGCGCCCAAACGUUUCAUCAAUGACACCAUCAGGAAUGAUUUCCACCGCAAGUUCUUGCACAAGUACAUGAAAUAGUUUUGGUGGUAGCAGCAGCAACAACCACAAUGCUCAAUAUCGUUCGAGGGCGUAACCUCCCUCGAAUGAUGGCUCUGUCGUUUUAUCCUUUUCAUGUACCCAUGUGGCUGUCUCGUUAAGCAAUCAACUCUGCUCCUUUCACUCAGACAUUUGCGACGGCGAACCCUUUACUUUCCAGUUGUUCUUUGUCAACCUUGUAACUGGCUAAUGAUUGUAUUUAUGUGAAUGAUGCUGUCAAAUAUGUUCCUUUCUCACAGUGAAUGUGUAAUAUUCCCAGAAAUUUUGAGUUGUACGCUUACAAAAAUGCAAUUCCUUCCCAAACGACAACAUAAAUACAGAGUUGCAACUUACACGAAACAUAUACAAAUGGCAGUAGCCAACCCAAAACCCAACCAAGCUUCUUCUGACAUACAUUAGCAACAACAGACACUGUGAUUUUGUACACUGAGCCAGAGAAAAGGAAACCAAAGACCAACAAGAGAAAUUGAACAAGAGGUGCCCCAAGAAAAAGAUUCUACUACGAUCCUACCAUUAUACACUUCAACUUCACAACACAAGACUAAAGAGCAAGAACACCU